AUGCCAAGCCUCUCCUGUGUCCUGCCAGGUCGCAACGAGCCCCUGAAGAAGGAGCGGCUCAAGUGGAAAAGCGAUUACCCCAUGACCGACGGGCAGCUGCGGAGCAAGCGGGAUGAGUUCUGGGACACGGCGCCCGCCUUUGAGGGUCGCAAGGAGAUCUGGGACGCCCUCAAGGCUGCCGCCUAUGCUGCCGAGGCCAACGACCACGAGCUGGCCCAGGCCAUCCUGGAUGGGGCCAGCAUCACCCUGCCUCAUGACUGGAACCUGCCCUGCGUCAUCUCGUGUAAACCCGCGGCUGCCUUCUGGGGCCGUGUGAAGCCGAAGCCCAUCUACUGCCUGUCGCCGCCCGUGAACCUGCUGCUGGAGCGCACAGAGGAAGAGAGCCCGGAGCCGCCCGAGCCCACCCCCGGCGUGCGCCGCGAGUUCCCGCUGAAGGUGCGCCUGUCCACCGGCAAGGACGUGAGACUCAGCGCCAGCCUGCCUGACACCGUGGGCCAGCUCAAGAGGCAGCUGCACGCCCAGGAGGGCAUCGAGCCGUCCUGGCAGCGAUGGUUCUUCUCCGGGAAGCUGCUCACAGACCGCACGCGGCUCCAGGAGACCAAGAUCCAGAAAGACUUUGUCAUCCAGGUCAUCGUCAACCAGCCCCCGCCGCCCCAGGACUGACGGGCCCGUGGACCCCGGGGAGGGGAGGCUGAGCGGCCCUGCGGAGCACUAGACCCUCUGCCCUGCUGCUGCCUUCCAGUGCUGUCAUUCUCUUCGGGGCGCCUCCCUGUCGGGUGGCUGCCGGGCCGGCCCUGGCGGGACGCUGCCUCCCAGGACAUGUGGGCCAGCAGGGCCCGGCACCCAGGGAGCAGGCUGCCACACACAGGCCUCGCGCUGGUCAGAGAAAGGCGAGCCGGGGCCUUCCACCCUGCCUCCCUCCUGCAGCAGGUUCGAGCCGCAAGGGCCAGCCAGGAGGCCCCUGGAGCCCAGAUCUGUCAUCGGGUGCUGCCGGCUGUGCUCACUCCGGUUUUCCGCUCAGGGUCUGAAGCAGCUGCUGUCUCUCUCCUCUGCCCCCAUCCCUGGCUCUGCCCUGGGCACGGGGCCAGCCCCCUGGAGGGGAGGGAACCAUCGGUGAGCCCCAGGGCUCGGGGAGCCUGAGGCGGGCCUCUGCCUCUCCCUGCCCCAGCACAACUGGUAGAGACAGGCAGGUGGUGGACAGCUGGGCUGCUGCGGCAGGGCUCUGCACAGGGCCAUCUCCUGGCUGCGUCCCAGGCAGCGGGGGGUCUGUGGCCUGGCCGCGGCCCCCACGCAGGCUGCUGUGUACAGACAUAGCUGCGUAUUUAUCAAUAAAGCCUUUUGCUCCUUCU